AAUUAGCGGUUGUGGUCGACGCCAUUUCUUAUUCUUCUUCACUCCGUCUCCUUCUCUGUUUCAGCAGCUACAAGCGUUACCGGCUCCUCUCUCCCCUUUCAUUCGCCGUCGUUGCCGCCUUCUUCUUCCGUUCGUUCCGCCGUAGUUUCCCUCUGGCGCUUAUUUACUGAUUUUUUACUCCCUUCUUGUUUCUGCUUACAAGAUUAUGCAGCGGAGCAUGCGGCGGCAUCUUUUACUUGCAACCAGAUGCUACUCUAGAAUUUCUCCACCACCACCUGCUUAUGCUAAGCCUAUCAUUAGAGUUUCCAACAACAUAGCACAGUUGGGUAGUCCUAAAGAAGGCCCAAAGGCCCGGCAGCUCCUAUCACUGCCCCCAUUUCCUGGUUACCCUUUGCCCGGGAAGAAUCAGGUUGGUGUCUCUGGGGAGUCAACUCAUGUCACUGCCAUAAGAUGGGUCAAGUAUUACUUUGAUGAAAUUCAAGAUUCUCAAAUUCAGUCCCAUUUCAGAAAAGGUCUUGUCCAGGUGGAAUGCCCACAAUUGGGUGGCUUGGAUGAAAAAGGAAAUUUGAAACCUAUGAGAAAGAUCAGGAGUGGUGAGAUUAUGGAAACUGGGGCCCGGAUCCAUUUACCCGUGUCAGUUGCAGAGAUGAAGGUUGCUAGGAGAUUUGACACUAUACCAAGUGGCACUCUAUACCCAAACGCUGAUGAAAUCAAGUACUUGCAAAGGCUUGUCAAGUACAAGGAUUCCGCUAUUAUCGUGUUAAAUAAACCACCGAAACUACCAGUCAAGGGGACUCUCCCAGUUCAUAACAGUAUGGAUGCAUUGGCGGAUGCAGCAUUAUCUUAUGAUUACGAUGAUGGACCCAAGUUGGUUCACCGUUUGGAUAGAGAGAGCAGUGGGAUUCUCUUGAUGGGGAGAACAAAGGAAAGUGUAGACCACCUGCAAUGGCUAUUUAGCAAUAUAAGAAAUGCGAAAUUUACGUGUAAGGCUUGGGAGGAGGCAUGUAAUGCAACAUAUCAAAAGUAUUGGGCAUUAGUAAUUGGUUGUCCCAGGGAAAGAGAAGGCGUAAUCUCUGCGCCUCUGUCAAAGGUGCUUCUUGAUGAUGGGAAGACUGAGAGGGUUGUCUUGGCAAACAAAGCAUCCAUAGAAGCUUCUCAGGAGGCAAUCACUGAAUAUCGUGUGCUUGGUCCCACAAUAAAUGGUUGUUCAUGGAUUGAACUUUGCCCUCGUACUAGUCGAAAGCACCAGCUACGGAUCCAUUGUGCUGAAGCUCUGGGCACACCUAUUGUUGGUGACUACAAAUACGGUUGGUUUGUUCAUCGGAGGUGGAAACAAAUGCCCCGAGUCGACGUUGAGCCGAUCAGUGGGAGGCCGUACAAGUUGCGAAGACCAGAAGGGUUGGAUGUGCAGAAAGGGAGUGUUUUAUCCAAGGUGCCUUUAUUACAUCUUCAUUGCAGAGAGCUUGUUCUUCCCAAUAUUGCUAAGUUCCUUAAUGUUUUUUAUGGUAAAGGGCCGAAUCGGCCGGUAUCUAGCUUCGACUCCGAUCUCUUACGUUUUGUAGCAAGAAUGCCAUCCCAUAUGAGAAUUAGUUGGAAUUUGAUGUCUUCCUAUUUAGUAUGAUUAUCUUUUGAGUUUUGUAAGUUAUAUUUUUGGUGUUAAAAAUAAUGUCUCUUAAAGUUCUAUUUUUUAUAUAUGAUAACCCGAUAAAUUUAUGAGGUAUAA